AUGAGUUACGAAAAUUUCGCUGCACAUGCACAUGAUAGAGCGCUCGCCAGUGGAAACAUCAAGCCACCUCCACCGGCGUCGUACCUGUUGAUAUGGUCAUUACCCCUGCUGGCUUCCUUCUUUGUUUUUGGCAUUGCUCGACCGCUGGUUGCCGAUAGGGAAGUGACUCCAAGUUUGACGCACAUCGGCUCCGGGCGUUCGAAACGGUGGUGGGUUGUUCGGUUGCAUUUAUGCGUGUCGACAUGGCUUUUAUUUUACUGCAACUUUUGUGUAUGUGCUUACCUUCUUCUUCCGACACGGGUCCUGCUACGGCUUCGCAUGCUUCCGUUGAGUAACAACACUACGUACGGCUGGUGCAUGAGAGAGCUACGCCGUGCUUUGUCCUUUGGCAUACAUCUCUACGAUUGGGACGACAAGAUAUAUACGGGCCGCAUAUCUGUGGUGAAGUCCGUUGAGUCAUUGGCAUCUUCUGAUGGCCCUGUAAGGGAUGAACUUGCACCAGUUGUUCCUCUAACUAACUCAGAAAUGUGGAAGUACAGAGCGGUGGUUCUUGCAGCGCUGGUUGUCACGCUGUUUACUUUGUACUUUCUAGCAUCUAUGAUAUUCCGUUUGUCGCUUGGUUUACCCCCAUGUGGAGAGCACAGAAGCAACUUGGCACUUCCUCAGGGAAGUGAAGAGGAGGAACACGAUGAAGAUGAUGAUAAAAACGAUGAGUUUGAUAUAAGUUUUUUUAGCGUCGACAGUGAAUGGUGGAACAUGGGCAACCCCGAUGAUGCGUGUGUCGAUAGCCCAGAGGCGCAGGCAGAGGAAGAGCGUUUGAGAUCAAGAGAACAAAAGAGACAAAACAGGCAACUCCCCGAAAAGAAGACACAAAGUGUUCGUUCGGUGGUGUGGGAAUGCUGGCCAUUGUUUGCCUCGGUGUGCUAUUCGGCACUUUAUGCAAUCAGCGGCGGAGUUGCGCCGUUUAUGUGGUGGGUUUUCCCCUCUUCUGUGGUGAUUGUAAUUGUUGGUUCUGUGCUCGUCUAA